AUGUUUAAAGUGCGUAAGUGUUUUGUAAAGCAUUUAUGUAAACGCUUUCAAUAUACCCUGCAUUUAUUUUUUAGGGUUUCCUUCAGCUCUAAAGGAUUCCAGAAUGAAACAUCAGAAGAAGAAACCUUCAGUUCAGAAAUUUUAGAUGAAGAAUUUUCAGUAUUUCACCAGACACCAGACACCAGAUACCAGACCCAGAUAGCAGACACCAGAUACCAGAUACCAGACACCAGAUACCAGAUACCAGACAUCAGAUACCAGAUACCAGAUACCAGACACCAGAUACCAGAUACCAGAUACCAGAUGCCAGACACCAGAUACCAGACACCAGAUACCAGAUACCAGGCACUAGAUACCAGAUACCAGACACCAGACACCAGAUACCAGACAACAGAUACCAGAUACCAGAUAAAGCGAUAA